UGAAUUUCCCCACCAAAUCACUCGCUCUUCAUAAUCCCCCUAUUUAACACCCCCCCCCCCCCCCCCCCCCCCAAACCAUCCAAUCCAUCUCCCUAAUUUCACUGUCAAGUCUCGAGCUCCAUUUCCACACUCCUCAUCAAUGGCGGCGAAAGGUUCGGGGCUCGUGUUCGAGGACUUCUUCCCAUCGAUGGUGGCGAGGCUGGGGGUCGAGGGGUUCAUUGACGAGCUUUGUAAAGGGUUCCGGCUGCUGAUGGACGGGGACGAGGGAGUGAUAACCUUCGAAAGCCUGAAGAAGAACUCGGCCGUGCUGGGGCUGCAGGACUUGAGCGACGACGAGCUGAAGUGCAUGCUGGAAGAAGGCGAUUCGGACGGCGACGGGAGGCUGAACCAAAUGGAGUUCUGUGUUCUAAUGUUUAGGCUUAGCCCUGAUCUCAUGAAAGGCUCAAGAAGGUGGCUUGAACAAGUCUUGAUGAAUGAGCUCUAGAAUACUCUCUCUCUCUCUCUACUAGUUGUUCUAGGUUUCCUUCAUCUUCCAGCCAGUUUUCCCCCCGCUAUUUUUUGUUUCUGUUUCUGUUACUUUGAAUGCAGAUUUUCUAUCUUCCAUUUUUUAACUAAUUCUAUCUGUAGCGGUAUUCUCUACAAAGCCAUUAUACCCUA